AUGGAAACCGCUAAGAACGCUGCAAACUACGUCUCCGAGUCCGUUAAGGGCACCACCAACGAAGGUGCUAAGGAGGCAAACAAGAACGUUGCCAAGGACUCCGACGCAAGCCUCGGUUCCCGCGCAACUGCAGCCAAGGACGCGAUUGGCAACAAGAAGGAUGAGACCGUGCACAACACCAAGGCCGACGCCAACAAGGAGGCUGUGAAGCACUAA